GGUGUACUGCGCCUUUAAGAGACGCUCGUCAAGGAAGUGUGUGUGGACUCUGGACGACAACAUAGUUCGAUGUGAACACUAACAGCGAUUAAAAACGGUCGAUACAAGCGGACUCCUCGAACACUGCCACUGCACACACUGUGGCAUGGGAAACGGAAUAAAUAAGGUUCUGCCAGACCUGUACUUGGGUAAUUUCAAAGAUGCCAGAGACAGGGAGCAAUUAUCCAGAAACAACAUCACACACAUCCUCUCCAUCCAUGACACCGCUGCGCCCAUUUUACAGGAGAUGACUUAUCUUUGUAUCCCAGCAGCAGAUUCGCCCACACAAAACCUCGUUCAGCAUUUUGAGAAGAGCAUUAGGUUCAUGCACGAGUCGCGUCUGAAAGGCGAGGGCUGUCUGGUGCACUGUCUGGCCGGCGUGUCUCGCAGCGUGACCCUGGUGGUGGCGUACCUCAUGACCGUCACGACUCUGGGAUGGCAAGAGGCUCUGGCUGCGGUGAAGGUGGCCAGACCUUGUGCUUCACCCAACGUGGGCUUCCAGAAGCAGCUGCAGGAGUUUGAGACCAGCCAGCUACAGCAGUUCAGAGAGCGGCUGAAGCAGGAGUAUAAGGAAAACCCCUUCAGCGACGAGGAGGACGCUCGUACCCUGCUGACACAGAUUCCCAGCUCGGAGGACCACGACCUCCAACACAACUGAGAGAUCGCACAGAGCAUUCCUGUCCUGUCCUCACGACUGAUAUCCGGGAUUAGAAACAUCGUUACGCGCCACGCUGAUUGUGUUUGUUAUGGCACAGCACUGUUUAUUAACUUAUGGACACUUUUUGUAAAUAAGACAUAAUCAAGGUUUUAAUGUUUACUACUGAUGCGACGUUUAAAGCAAAUUUGCAUUUUGUUGUUCAUUCUUUACAGUUAUAUUAUAAAAACUGAUUUAUACUGUC